GAAAUGGAUGUUGACAUGGAUGGCGCAGUCUCCAUUGCGCCCUCCGCAGGCACUGCAAUGAAUGGCGCAACCAUCCUCUGCUGCAAUUGUGGUGCCCCCAUUGACGGAACGACCGCCGCCGGAGCCCUCUGCUACGACUGCGUCAAACUGACCAACGACAUAUCACAAGGCAUCCAGCGAGAAGCCGUGCUCAACUUUUGUCGAGACUGCGACCGAUGGCUCAUGCCUCCUACGAGCUGGCUUGUGGCCGCACCCGAGUCCAGAGAACUUCUGGCUCUUUGUCUGAAGAAGUUGAGAGGUCUUGGGAAGACGAGGAUUAUCGAUGCCAGUUUCGUGUGGACGGAGCCGCAUUCCAGAAGGAUAAAAGUCAAGAUCACAGUGCAAGACUCCGUGUCCGAUGGCGUGUUGAUGCAGCAGAGCUUUGAGGUUGUCUACAUUGUCGCCUACCAGCAAUGCCCCGAUUGUGCGAAAUCAUAUACAGCCAACGUCUGGAGGGCUUGCGUGCAGGUCCGACAAAAGGUCCUCCACAAGAGAACAUUCUUAUACCUAGAGCAGCUGCUCCUGAAGCAUGGCGCCCACCGAGACACCAUCAACAUAAAGGAGGCCAAGGACGGUAUCGACUUCUUUUUCUCUGCGAGAAACCAGGCCGAGAAGUUUGUCGAUUUCCUCAAGUCGGUCGUGCCCGUGAACGUGAGGAAGAGUCAGGAGCUCAUCUCGGAGGAUGUGCACACAUCAAAAAAGAGCUACAAAUUUGCCUUCUCCGUGGAGCUGGUGCCGAUCUGCAAGGAUGACCUCGUCUGCCUACCCAUUCCGAUGGCAAAGUCACUGGGGAACAUCUCUCCCCUUGUCCUCUGCAACAAGAUCGGCACUUCUGUCUACUUUGUCGACCCCAACACCCUUCAGACCGCCGACCUCCACCCUGACAUAUACUGGCGGGCGCCAUUCGUUUCCCUGGCCGACGCUCCCGACCUCGUGGAGUUCAUGGUCCUGAACAUUGAGCCGCUGGGUCCGUCUAAGGGCAGGUGGCUAGUUGCAGACGUCGAGGUGACGCGGAUAGACGACAUGCAAAAGACGUACAACGUGCGGACCCACCUGGGUAACUUCCUAAAUGUGGGCGACUCGGUCAUGGGCUACAUGCUCACAGGCACAAACUUCAACAACCCGCAAUUCGAGGCCAUGGAGGAAUCCAAGUACGGCUCCCGCAUACCGGACGUGGUGCUCGUUAAGAAGUACUGGCCUCGCAACCGCAAGCACCGCAACAGGAAGUGGCGCCUCAAGCGCAUGGCCAAGGAUGAGGGCGAUCUGCUGCCCAAGAAGGCGGACCAGGAGCGCAUGGACAAUGAAUACGAGUUGUUCCUGCGUGACGUGGAGGAGGACGACGAGCUGCGUGCAGCGUUGGCUCUGUAUAAGAACACGAACAAGAAUAAGAAGCCGCAGGAGGGCGCCAUGGAUGUGGACAGCAUGAGCGUGGCAGAGACAGAAGCCACUGAGGAUGACGAUGUGCCGAGAGUGAAUAUGGAUGAGCUGUUGGAGGAUUUCGAUGAGCUGACGGUGGAGGAUCAUGAGUAGAAGAUGCUCAGAUUGGGCAAUAAAUAGUCAAAUGAGAUGGUAUUCGCCAUUCUAUCUGCC